UGUUAAGCAAAUAUGCGUUUAUUUUUUGCAGUGUUCUUGAAAGUAGCUGUACGAGUUUCUGAUUAUUUAGUGUAAAAACACUAACGAAGUUGCCAAAGUACCUAUUAUUUACAUACUCGAUGGAUCAAAUUGUCGUUAAAAAAGAACCCGAAGAACAGAGACAAAUCUAUGCAUAUGUCUCUGCUGAAGAACUAGUCGACAAUAUCAAAGGUGAUAUUUUUGACCAAGAAAUGCUGUCAACCUCUGGGAUAGCAAUAAAACAAGAUAUUAAAGAAGAAUUGGAUGAUAGCUACAACUUAAUGGACUACAAUAUAUUGGGGUUAAAAGAAGAUUUAGAAACGUCCAUUGAUGGGGAAGACAAUAUUGAUGGAGGCAAGCCAGCAAAACUGAAAUUUGAAGAAGCAUUGCUCGACCAAGGAUCUAAACUCAAUGAUGAAGGAAGUGUCAAUUCUGAUCAUGGAGGUGAAAGUGAAGAUUACUCAUGCAAUAUUAAAGAAGGAAGGGACAGCGACUGUUCUGAAGGAGAUGAUAAAAAAGGAAUAGAUGAAGCCAUGUUUGAGACGAAAAUCGAGGUAAAAUAUCAUGGGGUUCAAUACGAUGAAAUAAGUGACAAAGAAAAGUUUUAUAAAUGUGAAAUUUGUCCUAAGAAAUAUCAAACACAGAUGCGUUUGUUUAAUCAUAAACAGUAUUUUCACAAUAAACUUAAGCAGGAAAUAUUUAAAUGUAACAAAUGUGAUUAUGCAUCUAUAAAAAAAGGUAAUUUUAAAAUUCAUUCGAAAAUCCACGAUAAAAAGAAUUAUUUAAAAUGCCAAUUUUGUGAAUAUGUAGCUGCUCGAUUAUAUAGUUUGAAUGCACAUAUGUUAAGUAACCAUAAAUUUGAAAAUAAUAUAAAAAUAUCGAGUAAAAUUUAUCAGUGCACUAAAUGCUCUUACUCGACCGUUAUUAAAACAAAUUAUGAAACUCACAUAAAAGUAUGUCUGAAAUUAGAAAAUGUUAAAUGGUAUGAUUGUAAAAUUUGCCCCUAUAAAACUAUUCAUAAAAGUCAUUUAAUUACUCAUACAAAAACGCAUAGUAAAAUUAAAGAAUUGGAAUGUUUAUUCUGUCAAUUUCAAAGUAAUAGAAAACAAAAUUUAGACAACCAUAUUUUAGUUAAACAUUCGGAUUUAUUGAACGAAUCCAAUAAAACCAUGAUCACAUCUAAAAUACACCAUUGCCCACAAUGUAACUUUAAAACUACAAUGAAAAGUCAUUUAAAAUACCAUUUAAGAAAUCAUUCUAUAAGCUAGUAGCGCCACCGCGUGGCCGUUAUCGUAGCAAAACUAAAAUUUUUAGGAGCGACUAAAAGCAGGAAGACGCACACCCGUUUGCGGUCAAAACUAAUUUUAACAAAAACUACAAAAGAUAUUAAUUUGCAAUUUGGACCACAUAUUAAUGCAUAUAAGGCCUUUAACAUAUGCAAAAUUCACACUUAUACAUCCAGUGGCGAAACGUGAAAUGUGAAACAUUUUUUCCCGUAAAUGGCUAUAAUUUUAUACCUUUACGAAUGUGUGGCUUGCCAAUUCUGUUCUCAAUAAAAAAUUUUACUAGUAAUACCACUAGAGGUCAAAAAAUUUCCGGAUUUAAUUUGACCUCGUGUGGUAUUCGGUAAGAAAAUUCCACACCUGUAAUUUUUAACCAAUCAAAACGUGUAUUUUUGAUAGAUCACCAUGGCAACGGUUGAAUUUUAGUGGAAAUUUUUUCCUCGUGGGUACCCAACAGCGAAUUAUACUGGAAAUUUUUUGACGUUUAUAAUGACAGAAUAUUUUGUUGACAAUCUGGUUUUUAUUUGUUUACAUGAUCAUUUUGAUACUAUCGCUAACAAAAAAAACUCAUACAGCUAUAUUGUGGCUGUGUGAAUAAAACUUUUCCGUCAAUGUCAAGCUGACAUCACAUCCAUUAUGACUUUUUUAACAACAUUUUCAACCAAACAAUGCAGACGAACUCUGGCAAGCCAUUUGGAACGAGAUAAAGCAAGACGGCAACUUCCAUGCUUUGCCGUUUGCGGGCAGUAAUUG